AUGUGGAGUAUAGUGUUGUGCGGUAUCAGCGUGUCGCGGGUGAAUAAAUUCGGAGGGAGGCGCGCUGGAAUGCGGGAGGCGGCGCGGCGCGGGCGGGGAGCGCCGUGCGACUGGCGCGCGCGCCUCUGUCCCACGGUCGUGCGGCCCCGUGUCCCUCACCCCUCACACUUUCUUUCGCGCCAUAAAGGUCGUUUCAAAUAUUUCGGAAUGCUGUUUGGUGACAUUUCACCGACGAGCAGAGGGGAGCGG